CAAUGGCACAUAUACAGCUCCAUGGCACUCUCCAUGUCACUGUCUAUGAAGUGGACAAGAUCCAUACUGGUUUUGGUAGCAAAUUCUUCCACAAGAUUACCGAAACCGUCGAGAGAACUGUCGGCUUCAACAAUACCGCUUCGAAACUCUACGCCACGAUAGAUUUGGAAAAGGCCAGGGUUGGCCGAACCAGGCUGUUGGAAGAGCACUCUAAUCCACGAUGGUACGAGUCUUUCCACAUAUACUGCGCUCAUACGGCUUCCAAUGUCGUGUUCUCCAUCAAAGAGGACAAUCCCAUCGGAGCAGCGCUCAUCGGAAGAGCUUACUUGCCGGUCCGGGAUCUCCUCGAUGGACAAGAAGUGGAUAGAUGGAUUGACCUUCUGGAUAAAGACCGUAACCCCAUCCACGGGCACUCAAAACUCCACGUGAAACUACAGUACUUCGACGUCACUCAAGAGCGCACUUGGUCUCGCGGGAUUAAAAGCGGGAAAUUCCCGGGUGUCCCUUUCACGUUUUUCUCUCAGAGAAAUGGAUGCAAGGUCACUCUUUACCAAGAUUCCCAUAUUCCCGAUAACUUCGUUCCCAAAAUUCCUCUUUCGGGCGGGAAAAACUAUGAGCCACAUCGGUGCUGGGAGGACAUAUUUGAUGCCAUUUCUAACGCUCAGCACUUGAUUUACAUUACAGGGUGGUCUGUGGUUACUGGAAUCACAUUGGUGAGGGACACCAGAAGGCCAAAGCCCGGGGGCGAUAUAACAUUGGGGGAUCUUCUGAAGAAAAAGGCCAGCGAAGGUGUCAGGGUUCUAAUGCUCGUCUGGGACGAUAGGACUUCGGUUAAGUUACUAAAAAAGGACGGUUUGAUGCAGACUCAUGAUCAAGAAACCGAGGCAUUUUUCCAGGGUAGUGAAGUCAACUGUGUUCUAUGCCCGCGGAACCCUGAUGACGGGCGGAGCAUCAUUCAAGAUUUGCAGAUUUCCACCAUGUUCACUCAUCACCAAAAGAUUGUAGUGGUGGAUAGCGCGUUGCCAAAUGCAAGAUCCGGACAAAGGAGGAUUGUGAGUUUUGUUGGCGGAAUUGAUCUCUGCGAUGGGAGAUAUGACACUCAGUUUCAUUCCCUUUUCCGGACAUUGGACACGGUCCACCAUGAUGAUUUCCAUCAACCUAAUUUUCCCGGCGCCUCUAUCACUAAAGGUGGGCCAAGAGAGCCAUGGCACGACAUUCAUUCCCGGUUAGAAGGACCUGUUGCUUGGGACGUUUUGUUCAAUUUCGAACAAAGGUGGAGGAAGCAAGGUGGAAAGGAUUUGCUUCUUCCGCUAAGAGAACUCGAUAGCAUAAUCAUUCCUCCUUCUCCCGUUAUGUUCCCAGAGGACCCCGAAAUAUGGAAUGUCCAACUCUUCCGAUCCAUAGACGGAGGGGCCGCCUUUGGGUUCCCAGAAAAACCAGAAGAUGCUGCCAGAGCCGGCCUUAUCAGUGGAAAAGACAACAUCAUUGACCGAAGCAUACAGGACGGCUACAUCAAUGCCAUUCGCCGAGCAAAGAACUUCGUUUACAUUGAAAACCAGUACUUCCUGGGGAGCUGUUUCGGCUGGCAUUCUACCGAUAUCAAGGACGAAGACAUAGGUGCUUUGCACUUAAUUCCAAAGGAACUUUCUUUGAAAAUUGUGAGCAAGAUUGAAGCAGGGGAGAGAUUCAGUGUGUAUGUUGUGGUUCCGAUGUGGCCGGAGGGGGUUCCGGAGAGCUCAUCCGUUCAGGCUAUUUUGGAUUGGCAAAGGAGGACUAUGCAGAUGAUGUAUACUGACAUAGCUCAAGCAAUACGUAGUAAGGGGAUUGAGGCAAGCCCUAAAGAUUACUUGACAUUCUUUUGCCUUGGGAAUAGGGAGGUUAAGAAGAGUGGAGAGUAUAUGCCUUCAGAGGCACCCGAACCGAAUACAAAUUACAGUCGAGCUCAGGAAGCGAGAAGAUUCAUGAUCUAUGUCCAUGCCAAGAUGAUGAUAGUUGAUGACGAAUACAUAAUCAUAGGAUCCGCGAACAUCAACCAGAGGUCAAUGGACGGUGCUAGGGACUCGGAAAUCGCAAUGGGAGGCUACCAACCACACCACCUAGCCAAGCACCAGCAGCAGCCGGCCAGGGGUCAGAUCCAUGGCUUCCGAAUGUCGUUGUGGUACGAGCACAUGGGCAUGAUAGACAACUGCUUCCUCCAACCGGAAAGCUUGGAUUGCAUCCGAAAGGUGAACCAAGUUGCAUCCAAGUAUUGGGACCUCUACUCGAGCGAGAGACUUGAGCGGGACCUUCCCGGACACCUUCUCACUUACCCGGUGGGAGUUACCGAAGAAGGAGAGAUCACUCAGCUGCCCGGAGUGGAACACUUCCCGGAUACCAAAGCUCCGAUUCUUGGGACUAAAGCUGAGUUCCUUCCCCCCAUCCUCACAACCUAAUAUCAUCAAACUGAACUUAUGUAAUUGUGUUUCGAAAAAUUUCCUGUAUGAUUAAUGUUAUAAAGAGUGUUGUGCAUUUUUUAAAUAACUAAACAGUCUGUAUCUUUUUCAUUAAUAAAGAAACUCCAAUACACAUGUGCUAUUGCUGAGGAC